AUGCUGAGAAAUGUAAUUUAAUCUGACAGAAGGAAUUCAGUAAUGGAUGAUUAGUUUGGAAUAUAAAAAAAAAAUGUUUUAAAUAAUCCUGACGUUACUCCCAUUCGUUAAUAAUAGCGUAGAUAAUCUAGAAAUAGUCAAUUGAUACCUUCUUUAUAAAAGAUUACAAGAAAUUCUAAUUCUAAAUUGUCUAUGGUUAGCAGAAAUGAUAAAAGAAAAUCUACUAUAAAUAGCAACAUGUCUAACAAAAAGAUGAAUAAAUUACUAUAAGAAUAUUAAGAUUUAUUCAAAGAUGAAUAAUUUUCAUCAGAUAGUGAUUCAUCUUGUGGGAAUUAAUCGGAAAUUACCAAUUAGUAAAAAACAUUUAUGAAUCCAAAAAAUUUAGAAAAAGAAAUAGAUUAAGAGUUGGAUUUCAUAAACAAAACUUUAAAUAAACAUAUAUCAACUAUUAGGUAUAGAAAAUAUUUAUAAUAGCAAAAAAUAAUAAGAAAAUACAUAAUUGAAAGCAAGUUAAAAAAGUUAACUUAAAUAGACAACAAAAAGUUUUAAAAGUAUGAAAUAAAUGUCUUAAAAUGUCAAUAGUUUAUGCCAUAUAAAACAAUCAAUGAAAUUUAAAAAAGAAAAUUCUAUUUCAUCAUCAUAAUUUCUUGAAGCAUCUGAAAAUUAAGAUAUUUAGAGUGUAAUUAAGAUAUUAGAUAAAGCAGGAGUUCCAAAUUAAGAAUAAGUUUAAUAUACAUAAAUAAUUGAAGAAUUAGAGAAAUAAUGUGUUGAUUUGAAUCCAAGUGGAGCUAUUAAAGUAAAAUAAAAAGUUAGAAAAACUUUCAUUAACCUUUUUAAUUAAUAUUAUUGUAAUGAAAAUUAAAGAAAACAAGAUGGAGAUUAAGUUAGUUUGUAUUCAAUUGGUCAUAAUGAAUCAAUAUAUUUUGGUAAUAAAGCUCAUGAAUCAUAAAUUGUGUAAAAGAAUCAAUCUAAUAUCAAUAUUACUUCAAUCAUGGAAAAUGUAUUCACCAAAAAUUCUAAUUAAAAACCAAUAAGUGAUAAAAUGAAAAGAUUAAUGGAGGAUUUUUAAUUAGAAAUAAAUGAUAAUUAAGAUUCAUUUGAAUAGUCUUAACAUUCAUCAUCUGAUAUAAUUGAUAAUGAAGAAGAUGAGGAAAUAUAUGAAUAAUCAUAAGACAAUUCUUAGACACUUAAAAAUAAUACUAAUGCAUAAUAAGAUCGUUAAAUUAUUAAAUAUUAAAUAAAAUAUAAAAGAGAUCCAAUAUAUGAUCCCUAUCCUUUGAUAUGGGAGAGUCAACAAGAUUAUAAGUGGGUAUUAAAUGAUUACAAAUAAUAUUGGGAUACUUACCCUUUCACUGAAAUUAGAAAAAUUAUUGUUCUAAUUAUUAGGAUAAUAAAUAUUAGUUUUUUUAAAAUCAUAAAUCAUCGUUUAUUUAAUAUUUUUGUACUUGGCUCAAUUGUUUUAAAUAUUCUAUUUUUUGUUUAAAGCCAAGACGAUACUUUAACUCAAGAUGUACAGGAUGAUCUUAAAAAGAAAAAGAAAAGUAAAAUAGAUUAUUUAUUGUAGUUAUACUCUAUUUAUUUAUAGGAGAAAACAUAUUAAAAUUAAUUGGAUUAGGAGUCUUUCAAUAUAUUAUGGAUUUAUAAAAUAGUUUUGAUGUCAUCCUUCUUGUACUAUUUAUAUUACACUAUAAUUAUCCUGAAAUUAUUGUUGUAGACUUUUCUACAGCAAGAUUAUUUAGAUUGCUAACAGUUAUGAGCAUUUUUAGUAAAAGAUUAAAAAUUAUUUUAAUUGCAAUCAAGCAUUCAAUUAAAUUCUUACUAGAAGCUCUUCUUAUUGUAAUUAUAUUCUCUUAUUUCUUUGCUCUUUUUGGAUAACAUCUAUUUAAAGGAUUAUUCUAAUAUCAUUGUUAUAUAGCUGAAGAAGGAAUUUAAACAAAAGAAGAAUGUGGGUAUAAUUUAUUAUGUAAAGAACAUGAAUUAAUUUGUGCAAAAUCUUAUACUAAUCCAAAUGUACCUACAAAUUUUGAUGAUAUCUUUUAUUCUUAUGAAUAAGUUGUUAGAGUUAUGAUUUUUAAUGAAUGGACUGAACCUCUUUAUUUAUCUAUGCUAUCUUUUCAUGAUUUUACAGUUAUCUACUAUAUUUUAAUUAUUUUUAUUGUUGGUAUCUUUGGAGCUAAUCUUAUCAUUGCAGUUAUUAAGAUUUAUUAUUCAUAAACAUUAGAAGAGUAUGAAUUUAUAGAUAUUCAAGAUAACACUGAAAUUGAACAUAAUAUUUUAAAUCUUAGAAUUAUUAAAAAUUAUACCAUUGAUCAUGAUCUUUAAAAUAAUCAAAAAUAAGUUGAUAUACAAAAGAAAAUAAAUGAUAAUAUUGUAACAAACACAAAAACAAAUAAUUAAUUAAAAACAUUCAAUUAUAAACAUAAAUAUUUGUCAGCUCGUUAAACUAGGGAAUAAGAAGAAAUUAAAAAUAAAAAAAGAGGUAUCAAAACUAAAAUUAAUAAUAUACAUAAUUUUAUUGAAAACUUUACACUAACCAAUUUAUUAAUUUCAGAAUAAAAUAAGGAAUAGUUUAUGUAACGCCUUUAUGUAAAUGAAGGAUUGGAUAAAGAUUAUUUCAAAUUAUUUUACAUUCAAAAAUUUAAAGAAAAUCCUAUGUAUUCUUGGAGAAGUGUAGUCAAUAAGAAUUUUACUUUUACAAGCACUUCUGAAAUUGAUAUUUUCUCUGUUUAAAAAUAGAAAUAAUAAUUAGAAAAAAAAAGAGAGAGAGAAUUUGAAUUUAUAAGAAAAUUUGUAUUAAAACAUUAUUACGUCAUUAAAAAGUCAGAAUAUUCCUUUAUUAAACAAUAAAACUAAACUAGCAAAACUUAAAAACUCAUGAAUAAUCAAACAAAAGUUUUAAAUACAAAAAGUAAAUUUCCUUUAAAACAAAAGAGAUCCAAAAACUCUCUAUAAUAAGAACCAAAAAAUGAGAUUCAUUAAAUGAUAUUAAAAGAAAAUAAUAAUUUAUAACUAAUUUUAAAAUAAUAAUAAUAACAUGAAUCAGAUUUAAAUAAAAAUGCCAUAGAAAAUAUAGAAAAAAAAGAGGUAACAAAUAAAAUUACAUCUACUUGUAGUAAAAAUAAAUAAUCAAUAAAAAUAAAUGAUGAAGAUUGUGAUUACAAAAAUAUUAAAUAAAAAAUCAAUAGAUAGAUUCCUGAGUCAUAAGAAUAGACAAUAAAUUUUGAAGAUGUUUAUGUUAAAUUUAGAAUGGAUGAAUGUAGACAAUAAUUAAUAUAUAAACAUAAUUGGUCUGGAAAUGAAGUAAUGUUUGCUAAAAAUACUGUCUUACUUAAGAAAAAGCUUUUCAAAAAUUUAAAUAAUCAAGAUACAGAUAUUUGGUUAGCAAGUUUGGAUGGUUUUUAUAUUCUAGUUUCAAAGUAUUCAAAAAUAAUAUUAAAGAAUAAAUUUAUAAAAAUAUUCUUUGAUUCAGUAGUUCUCAUAAAUCUAAUAUUAUUAAGUUUAAUUGGUUAUGUUGAAGAAAAAUUAAUAAAAAAAAUAAAUGAUUUGUUUAUAUUGAUUUUAAUAGCAGAACUAUUUUUAAAAUUAUUUCAAUAGGGAAUAAUCAGAUUUUGUUAUUUUCCGAAUAAUAUUAUCGAUACUGUUAUUUUAACUUGUGCGUUUAUAACAUCAUUAGAUGUCAUGUUAAAUUUUGAAGAAGAGAAUUUAUAUCUUGAUUUAUUAAGUUCAUUCUAAACCUUUUUAGUGUAUAGAAUAAUAAAAUAUAAUUCAUUUGCUGUUAAAAUAGCUAAAAUUACUAAGAAAUCCCUCCCAUCAUUUUUAAAUUUAAUAUUACUAAUGGUAACAUUGAUGUUUAUUUUUGCAUUUAUAGGAAUGAAUUUGUAUAAGAAUAAAUUUCCUUUAGAUACAGAUCUUGGAUUAUCUUAAUCCUUUGAUGAUAUUUAAGCAGCCUUUUUUACUGUUUUCAUAAGAGCCUCAAAUGAUGAUUGGAUAGGUAUGAUGAUUAUGGGAUCUCAAUAUAGUUUUGAAAUUCCUACAAUGUUUUAUGGAGUUAUUUCUGUAUAUGUUUUGAAUUUAAUGACAAUAGGAUCUAUUUUAGCAAUUAUUUUAGAUGCUUUUUCUACAUUUUCUAAUCAUAAUGAUGAAGAAUAAAAUGAUUAAUAUUUAUUUGAUACUGAAAUAUCAAAUAAUAUGUUAAAGUAAGAUACAAAUGAAAACACUUUGAAUAAUUCUGAAUUAGAAAACUAAAAGAUCUCAAUUAAUAGUGAGUAAAUUGAAAAUAUUUAAAAUCAAGAGUAAAUAACAACUAUAAAUAUAAAUAAAUUAUACGAAUUUUAGUAUGAAGAGAGAAAUGGAUAAUUUUUUAAAUUAAUUGAUACAAUUAAGAAAUUAGUUGAUAAAUAAUUCUAAAAUUUUUAAUUUUUUGAAAAUAAAGAAAGCCAAUUUUCAUUGUUUAUUUUUAGUUAAUAAAACAUUUUUAGGAAAUUUUGUUAUAGAUUUAUACAUUAUUAGAUUUAUAUUCAUUUUAUUUAACUAAUAUUUUUUUUAUCUUUGGUAAAUAUGUGUUUUUAUACUUAUUAUGAUGAUGAUCAUUAAAAUAAUGAAUAUUAAAUAAUUUCUGAUAAUAUUGAAUUAAUUAUAAAUGUUAUUUUAUUGAUUGAUUCAAUUUUUAAAAUUAUAUCAUUAGGAUUUACUCAAGAUUAAGGAGCUUUUACAAAUGAAUUUUGGAGAUUAAUAGACUUUUUAUAUUAGAUAAGUUAUUUGGCAAAUUGUUUUAUUGAUUAUUCAGCUUUUAAAUAUGUAAAGUUACUAAAAUAUACAAGACCAUUUAGGUUUUUGUAUUUAUUUGAGGAAUUAAAAUAUAUAAAUAGUGCAAUAUCAAAAUCAAUAGUAGAUUUGAUAAAUAUAUUAUUUGUUUAAUUAAUGGUUUGGUUAAUUUUUGCAAUAUUUGGAGUUAUAAUUUAUAAAGAUAAAAUGGGAUAUUGUGAACAUCCAUUAAAUUUUGAGAUUAAUAAAGAAGAAUGUAUUAAAGAAGGGAAUCCUUGGAUAAUUCAUCUUUAUAAUUUUGAUAAUUUAGGAAAUGCAAUGCUUACUUUAUAUAGAAUAACAGCAUGUGAUGAAUGGGUAUAUAUUUGUUAAGUGUGUUUGAAUUCAAGAAGUGAAGAUUUGGGUCCAAUUCUUUAUGGAAAUAGAUGGAUAACUUUUAUAUAUUUUAUUUUGUUUAUCUUAGUUGGAGUAUUAUUUUUUAUGGGUUUUUUUGCAGGAAUUUUAUUUAUCAACUUUUAAACAUAUAAAAAUAUUUUACAGAAAUAAAUUCUAACAACAGAUCAAUAAUUAUUUACACAUGUAUCAAAAAUGAUUCUGAUAGAAGUACCUAAUUAUAGUGAUCCUCCAAAUACAUUUUUAAGAAAAUUAGCAUCUGAAAUAGUAAAACAAUCUGCUUAUGAAAGAUUAAUUUUAUUAACAAUAUUUUUAAAUACAGGUAUACAAUUUAAUAUAAUAUAAUAAGGCAUUCUAACAUUUUUCUAUGAUACAGCUACAAUUGAAUUGUAAUCAAAAUUGGAAUACAUUUACUAAUUGUUAACUUGUUUUUUUAUUUUUGAUACAUAUUUAAAAAUAAUGUCUUUUGGAUUAAGAAGAUAUUGGGGAUAUAGUUGGAGAAAGAUAGAAUUUUUUUUAAGUUUAAUAGCUUUGAUAGACUUAAUGAUGUAUUUAAUUUUUGAUUGGACAAAACAUUAUUAUAAUUCAACAAUAAAUGAGAAUUAUUUUAUAUUAGUGCGAUUAGCAUUUGCACUUAGAAAUUUAAGAACUCUAUUGAUUAUAUAAUAAUUUAGAGGAUUAACAAGAUUACUAAGAAUAUUAAAUUACUCAGCCUUUUUUUUAUUUUAAAUUCUUUGUUUUUUGAUAUCAAUACUUUUAUUUUAUGGUUAUAUAGGGUGUGAAUUUUUUGGUAAGAUUGAAAAAGGAGAAUAUUUAAAUGAAUAUAUGAACUUUUCAAAUAUAGGGAAAGCAUUAAUAGUAUUAUUUAAAGCAUGUACUAAAAACAAUUGGGUAAAAGUAAUGAUAGAUGUUUCAGAGAGAAAUAAAUAUUGUAAUAAAAAAGAUGAAGAGGAAUGUGGAGUAAGUUGGAUAUUUGCAAGUACAUACUUUUACACAUUUUUGCUGAUAUCAAGUUUUGUGGCUUUUAAUCUAUUUAUAACUGCAUUAGUUGAUUAAUUUGAAAGUACAUAUUAUUUAGUAAUUAUAAAGAAUUCUUUCAUUCUCAAAAUAGUGUGUUGUAAACAUAUAUAGAGAAUAUUGAUCCAUUUAGAACAGUAUGGUGCAAGUAUUCUUCUGAAACAAAAGGAAUGUAAAUGCACUCAAAACAUUUGGCAAACUUCUUAUUAGAAUUAGGUCCUCCUUUAGGAUCAGCAAUUGGAGACAAUAUUUGGGAUGCAGCAAAAAGUGCUUCUAAUUUCAAAAUUCGUGCUGAUCAAAAUGGAUAUAUUCAUUUUCAAGAGGUUCUCUAUGAAACUAUUCGUUUUGUUUAUAGAAACUAAAUCUUCUAAACUGGAAGUCCUGAAAGUAUUUAAACAAUUAAAUAAAUUGAUAAAGAUAUAAGGUUUAGAUUGCAUUAUAAACGAAUUGUACAUAUAUUUUAUAUUCUUAGAAUAUCCUAGAUCGAAGAGAACCCAUUUAUGAUAAAAUGCUCAUUAAAGGAAAUUUCAACAUACUCUAAGAAUAUCUCUUUUUAUUAAUGAUUUAUAGAACUCUAAAAGCUUAUGCAAUCAAAACCAUCUAAAAAAUAUAGAAUAACAUGCUUUCUCCUGAUAGUCUUAAAAGAAAAUAUUUAGACUAUGAUACUGAAAAGAGUGAAAUGGAUGAAGUUCAAAAGAAUUAAUAAAUUGAAGAUUGUAGACAUUAAGUAUCUCUAGAAAAAGAAGAUUAACAUCUGGAAGCAUCUAAAUAUAUUACGAUAAGAGGACAAAGAAAAUUAAAGUUUUAGGAUGAUAAUGAUGACAAUUUCGAUUAUAGUAAUGUUGUUUAUAUUCCAUAAUCUGUUUGCCAUGAAUAAAAUUUGAAACAAUCAAUAAAAGGCAAAUCUGUCUUUAAAAAAUAAACUUAAUAAGCUUUUAAUUUUAUGGAUUUUGAAGCAAAUGAAUAAAAGAAUUUACAAAAUCCUAUGCUUGAUUCUUCCAAUAUAAAUGAAAACAGUAAAAGUUAAUUAACUGAUUCUUUAAUCAAUUGUGAAUAGUAAAUCAAUGGAUUUAAUGUUAUUCUAAAAUAAUAGCCUCAUCGUUGUAGAUUUAGUGUUUCUUCUAAUGAGGAAAGUGUUGGUACAGAAUCCCAUAAUUUAUACAACUCUAAACUAAAAAGAAAUCAAGUAAGAAAUUUUUUGGUUUGA